AAUUGUUCACUUAAUUUUGCGGUCACCAUCGCGCCCAACCAACGCUAAACUCGGUGGUUGUUGGUUCAGUCGUGCAGCUUACGAGGGACCACUCGAAAAUAUUUCAGUAUUUUGGCUUCUAACAAUUUUUUUCAAUCGGGCAAUUAUUAAGUGAUUUUACAAUGCCAGCUAACGGUCAAAGGGAUAUAAUUUUGGAGGAGAAUGAGGUAUAUAGUGACACUCUGGGGUCUUCUGAAGAUGAAGAAACUACAUUUCUAUCAAAAACUGUCGAACGAACCCUAAGCUCCCAAUCCGAAGAAAAACCCAUAGGGUUCGAAAGUGUGACAACAAGACGCGACCAUGAAGCAUUUCUUCGUGAAUGCCUCGAAAUUCUCCUUAAAGAAGCCGUGUUCGAGGGCACCUCGAGAAAAAAUAAAGUCGUCGAAUUCAGACAGCCUGAAGAAUUACUAAAAAUUUUCGAUUUUCAAUUAACAAACGACCCCACUACCCAGAGUGCAAUGGUGAAAAAUUUGCGGGAUGUCGUUAAAUAUUCUGUUAAAACUGGUCAUCCAUAUUUCGUCAAUCAGCUAUUUUCUAGUACCGACGCGUAUGGUUUAAUAGGACAAAUAUUAACAGAUGCCCUAAACCCUAGUGCUUAUACAUACGAAGUGGCACCAGUUAUUAUUUUGAUGGAGGAAACUGUCCUUAGGGAAAUGAGGAAGAUAGUUGGUUGGGCAAAUGGUGAUGGUGAUGGUAUCUUUUGUCCAGGAGGAUCUCUUGCCAAUGGAUAUGCUAUUAGUUGUGCCAGGCAUUACUAUUUUCCCGAGGCUAAGACAAAAGGUUUACAUAGUCUUCCAAAAUUAGUUCUAUUCACAUCACAAGAUGCUCAUUAUUCCAUUAAAAAGCUAUCCGCAUUUAUGGGUUUGGGAACCGAAAAUAUCUGUUUAGUAAAAACAGAUGACAGAGGUAAAAUGGAUACUGAUCAUUUAGAGAAGCUGAUUGAAGAAACAAUAGCGAGCAAUGCCAAACCUUUCAUGGUAUCCGCAACUGCAGGAACUACAGUGCUGGGUGCCUUUGAUCCUAUAGAUAAGCUCGCUGACAUUUGUAAGAAAUACAAUAUUUGGCUUCAUGUAGAUGCGGCAUGGGGUGGAGGUUCUCUUAUGUCUAAGAAGCAUAGGGUGUUACUGAAAGGAGUUGAAAGAGCUGAUUCUGUAAUUUGGAACCCUCAUAAGCUCCUUACUGCCCCCCAACAAUGUUCCACUUUCUUGGUAAGGCACAAAAACGUCCUCGCUGAUGCUCAUUCACAAAACGCAGUCUACUUAUUCCAAAAGGAUAAGUUUUAUGAUACAAGUUACGAUACAGGUGAUAAGCACAUACAGUGUGGCCGAAAAGCUGAUGUUGUUAAAUUUUGGUUUAUGUGGAAAGCAAAAGGCACUUCAGGAUUAGAAAAGCAUAUAGAUAAAAUAUAUGAAAAUAGCAAAUUCUUUUUGGAAACAAUCAGGAACCGACCCGGCUUUGAGCUCUUCUUACCAGAACCAGAGUGCACCAAUAUCUGUUUUUGGUACGUACCAGAGUCGCUUAGACCAGGAAACUUUAAGGAGAACAUGCAGAAUAAGGAGUUCACAGAGAAACUACAUCAUGUUGCCCCAAAAAUGAAGGAAAAAAUGAUGAAGGAGGGUACCAUGAUGGUCACCUAUCAAACACAGUCAGAUAAGCCGAACUUCUUUAGAAUCGUCUUCCAGAACUCCAGUUUGGACAAAAAUGACAUGCUACAUCUUGUAGAGGAAUUCGAAAGGCUUGGAAAAGAUUUAUAGAACAAAUACUAUUGAAAGAUUUUAAAUGUAAAAAAUACAUAAGAAGAAUACUUAUUAUUUUUACAAUGUAUAUAAUGUACGUUUUAUGUAAUUUAUUGCUUUUUAGUAUGUAAAUUUUCUUGCAAAUUUAUUAUGUUUUGGGCAGACUUAGGCGGGAUUCCAAUUAUUCUGUGAAUAAUCAUUAAUAAAAUUGAUUGCACAUA